GUUCGGCGGCGCUGCGAUUGGGAGGUGGCACUAAUAUUUCUUUGGAAGCAGCCAUAUUGAUAACUAACUAAAUGCGCUGUAGGUUUUUCAAUUAUAGAUGUACACGCAAUGAUAAGUUAACUAUUUUGGCGUUAGAGAAGGACUACUAUUAUUCCUGUAGUUCGGAAGAUCUGUGGAAUUGAAUUGGAAAGCCAAUAUGCCAUUUUAAGUUUUCUAAUUAUUUAAGUUGACGUAAAAAUUAUAUUUCAGGGCAUUGUUAUCAUUUCUUGAACACCCGCAAAACGCCCAAAAAGACAUAAUUUUUAAGAGUAUUUAGUGUUUAUUUAGUAACUGUGGCAUUUAGUGUUAACUUCACGUUCCGUAGAUAAGUUCUGCUUGAUUGGCUUAUCCUUUUUUAGUAUUUUCACCGGCCACUUAAGUUUUGACAUAUAUCUGUUUAUAAUUUUUGGUUGGUAGGACGUUAACGUGCUAAAGGAAAACGAUGGUCACCGCAAAAGAUGAUGAAUAUGACUAUUUGUUUAAAGUUGUUUUGAUAGGAGAUUCUGGAGUGGGUAAGACAAACUUACUAUCACGUUUCACAAGAAAUGAGUUCAGUCUAGAAAGCAAAAGCACAAUUGGUGUUGAGUUUGCUACUAGAAGUAUUCAAGUAGAUGGUAAAACUGUCAAGGCUCAAAUCUGGGAUACAGCUGGCCAAGAACGGUAUAGAGCAAUUACCAGUGCCUAUUACAGAGGAGCAGUAGGUGCUUUGUUGGUUUAUGACAUAGCAAAACAUCUGACUUAUGAAAAUGUGGAACGCUGGCUGAAAGAACUCCAAGAUCAUGCUGAUCAGAAUAUUGUGAUUAUGUUAGUAGGGAAUAAAAGUGAUUUACGACAUUUACGUGCUGUUCCUACAGAUGAAGCUAGAGCCUUUGCAGAGAAAAACAACUUGUCUUUUAUUGAAACAUCUGCUUUGGAUACAACAAAUGUAGAAGCUGCUUUUCAACAAAUUUUAACUGAAAUCUAUCGUAUAAUAUCCCAGAAGCAAAUUCGAAAUGAUGCAGACAAUGAUCCGUCACCUGGUGGUGAGAAUAUUAAGCCUAUUAGCAUUCCGCCUACAGACAGUCCAGACAUGCGCAAGAAACCUUGUUGUCAAGCAUAGGAACUUUAUCAAUCGGCCUACAUACAUAUAAUGUGCACUUGUUUAUUAUUAAAAGUUAUCUUAACUGUUGUGGCCAAAAGGAAAGAUGAAAAAACAUGAAAGCCUGCACCCUUUAUAAUUUCUUUUCUCCUAAGUCUGUGGUCAUAUAAUUUUUGUGUAAUA